GGUUCACCUCCACGCGCACAGAUUCACUGAGCGGAGUCUAAAAUCGGUCAGGACUCGGGUCUAGUUUUGGAAAACUUUCCACCUCAAAGACGCUUUUUGGGGCACUACCACUGUGAGGAAUACGGUCUCUCUUCAGUUGUCAUCUUGCAAACGCUGGAGGAGUAAACUUAUUUAUUUUUUUCUUCAAAUGGGAAUUACAUGCGCGCGUGAAACUUUGGCUCACUUUUCUCCUCAGUGACUCUCGGACCUUCUUCGCUCGAAACAUGCCGGAGCGAAUAAGCAUUUCGGACUUCGUGGUCCUGACUAAUGAGGAUUUGUCUUCGCCGGGGACUUCAAGUUUUCAGUCCAAAAUGAGCGACUGUAGGAACACGGUUUCAACUGUGGAGGAGUCUCUGGAGAUGGAUCACACAACUCUGCAGAGGAUGAAGAAGAUGAUCAAAGCUAUACACACAUCUGGACUCUCCCAUGUGGACAACAAGGAGCUGUAUAUCGAGGUGCUGGAGAACCUGGGGAAUAGUCACCUGACCCAGGACAACAACGAAGUCUCGACAGGUUUCCUCAACCUGGCUGUGUUCACCAGAGAGGUCACAGCCCUCUUCAAAAAUCUGGUACAAAACCUCAAUAACAUCAUGGCGUUUCCUUUGGAAAAUGUACUGAAGUCAGAGCUCCGGGACAGCAGACUAGAGCUCAAGAAACAGAUGGAGAAGAGCUGGAAGGAGUACGACAUAAAAAUAGGGAAGCUAGAGAAGGAGAGGAAGGAGAAGACCAGGCAGCUGGGGCUGAUCAGGACGGAGGGAUCUGACGGCGGGGAGGACAUGGAGAGAGAGAGGAGGUCCUUUCAGCUGCAAAUGUGUGAGUAUCUUUUGAAGAUCCAGGAGCUGAAGGUGCGUCAGGGCCCUGAUCUUCUCCAGAGCCUCAUCAAAUAUUUCCAGGCCCAGCUCAGUUUCUUUCAGGAUGGGCUGAAAGCUGCAGAGAAUCUCUCUCCCUUUAUCGAGAAGCUUGCUGCUUCUGUGCACACGGUGCGUCUGGACCAGGAUGAGGAAGUAAAACAACUCACUCAAUUGAGGGAUUCUCUCAGAUUACUUCUCCAAGUGGAGGGGAAAGAGGAGUAUAUGAACAGGAAGAACUCUGGCAAUGGGUACAGCAUCCACCAACCACAGGGCAACAAAAAGUAUGGGACAGAGAAAUCUGGCUUUCUGCUCAAGAAGAGUGAUGGCAUCCGGAAGGUGUGGCAGAAGAGAAAGUGCGGAGUCAAAUUUGGCUGCCUGACCAUUUCCCACAGCACGAUUAAUCGACCGCCUGCCAAGUUGAACCUACUGACCUGUCAGGUGCGACCAGACCCAGAGGACAGGAGGAUCUUUGACCUGGUCACUCAUAAUCGGACCUACCAUUUCCAGGCAGAAGAUGAGCAGGAAUGUCUGAUUUGGGUGUCAGUGCUGCAGAACAGUAAGGAGGAGGCCCUGAACACAGCACUGGGAGGAGACCAGCUCCACCUCCAGGACAGCGGGCUCCAGGAACUUUCCCGAGCCAUCAUCGCUGAGCUUCGACACAUGCCCGGCAACGAGGCCUGUGCUGACUGUGGGGCUCCAGGUCAGACAGUUAUUGACGUUGAUGAUAAUUGCAGAAGUAAAUGUGGAAAUUUAUGUUCUGAGCAUGAAAUGAUUCAUGAUUGGUUUUUUUUUGCUCUGUGUAUUUCAGAUCCAACUUGGCUGUCAACGAAUCUUGGUAUUCUGACCUGUAUCGAGUGCUCUGGGAUCCACAGAGAGCUGGGUGUCCACUACUCCAGGAUCCAGUCUCUCACUCUGGACCUACUGAGCACAUCAGAGCUCCUGUUGGCUGUCAGUAUUGGCAACACCAGAUUCAAUGACAUCAUGGAGGCUGGCCUUCCAAAUGAUGCUGUCAAACCACUGCCACAAAGUGACAUGAAUGCCAGAAAGGAGUACAUUGUGGCAAAAUACGCUGAGCGGCGGUACGUCCUACGUAGAGAAGAAGCAGAUCCCGGACGGCUGUAUGACGCCGUGAGGAGUCGGGACCUCACUUCUCUUCUGCAGCUCUAUGCUGAGGGAGCAGACCUGGUCAAUCCACUCACACUGCCCGAUGGACAGGGGAUCAGAGAGACAGCUCUUCAUCUUGCUGUGCGUCUGGAGGAAAGAAGCUCUCUGGCGCUGGUCGAUUUCCUCUGCCAGAACAGCAACUGUCUGGAGAAAAGAACGGCAGAGGGAAACACAGCUCUUCAUUACAGUGUCCUGCAUUACAAGCCUGAGUCUCUCAAGUUACUGCUAAAAGCAAAGGCAGCCCUACACACAGUGAACUCAGCAGGAGAGACUGCCCUAGAUAUCGCCAGGAGGCUGCAGCACACAAAAUGUGUAGAUCUGUUGGAGCUGGCCCAGAGUGGGAAGUUUAACUCUCAGAUCCAUGUGGAGUUCAUGUGGGAGACUCAGUCUCAGGAGUUCUAUGACAGUGAGGAUGACCUGGAUGAGAGGGUGAGCCCAUUGCCCAAAAACCGCUCUCCAUUGCCCUCCAAUGGAGGUGGUGGAUCGUCCUUUGCCCGCUGGAGUGUGGCUAGUGCUUGUAUAGGCAGCAGGCCCUGUCAGACUUAUGAAAAUCUGGACUUCCUGUACAGAAAUCCUCCUGCCAACAGUGCCCCCUCUGGAGCAUUAGGACCACCACCACUGCCAGCUAAAUCCAUCCAAAGAGGUCGCUCAGACCCCCAGAUUUCGGUCACAACACAGGAAGGAAACCCCAUUCCAAGACGUUGCUCUAACCCACCCUCCCACUCCUCAAGUCCCCAGACACAGGCGAGACACAGCCCUCCCUCACCCAACACAGAGAACCUAGGCCAAGGUGGGAGACCCCCUAGGUCUCCCCUCGGACAUGGAGGUCUGCUCAGGGGACAGAGGCAGACCUGCGAGAACCAAGCUGGUGCUAGUUCUGGGUCUCAAAGCAGUGUCACGUCAACAUCCUCUCAGAAUCACAUAGGACCUGUGAGUUCAGAGAAGACCACAUCGUAUCGUCGGACCAGCAGUGGUGGAGGUAACCAAGGGAAAUGUAGUGUGUUGUCUCAGAGCUGUGUGGGUAGCCAGGAGGAGCUGUACUGCAGUUUAUUGGGGAAUAGUUCGGCCCUCACCCCUGCUCCUGCUCCUGCUCCUGCUCCAGCCCCGUCAUCAUCACCUACCGUGACCUGUGCCCCUCGACCCCGCAGGAACGCUAUGGUUUCUGGCAGCAGGCCACAUCAGAAGCGUGUCAAGGCUUUGGUGGACUGCCGAGCAGUCAGUUCAGAGCAGCUUGCUUUUUUCAAGGAUGAGAUCAUAGUGGUCACAGCCACUAAUGACAUCCACUGGUGGGUUGGUCACAUAGAGGGGGAACCAUCUAGGAGUGGGACCUUUCCCGUCAACUAUGUACACAAACUGACAGACUGAAGGACGUGGAAAUAUGAAAGUACUGUAUAGUAACAUACUAGAGGAACUGAACCAGCAUCGGAUGCUUACUGGAACUUUAUCAUCACACAGUGGAUUUUAUCUACAGGAGAGGACAGUGUUAUUCUCCUGGGUCCAACUCAAACUCGAGCUUUUGAGCAAACUGAGAAUAUCUCCACAUGAGGAUGAGAGAAGCCAUGGGAUACCUGAGGAUCUAAAUGACACUGUUUUAGGGAUUGUACCUUUUAACAUUUACUCAUCCUGGGAACUAACAAGGGAAGGUUCAUAAAGCCUUUUAUUCCAAAGACAGUGUUUUAUCUUGUUGGCCUAUCCUUGGUUUUCUAACUGCUACAUGUUUCUACAGAACCACAAUUAUUAAGUACACAUUCAUUUGUGGUUUGGGAAACGUCUCUAAUGUCCAUAUAACCAUUGAUUACACAGUAUAUUGCAAAUGUGGUGUCUAGAUCAGUACCUAGAGGCAAAACUAACCUGCAGGGGAAAACCCUAUAAGGCACUUUAAACUCACUGAGAGGAGUUGGCAGAGCUGUAAGCGUGUACCUAGCCAGCUGCUGUAUACGGAUAUAGCUGCUUUUUGUUCUGAACGGAAACCGUUCAGUCUAUUAAAGCACAGUAUACUGAGAGAUGGGAUGUGAGCUUCAAACCUGCCCAGUGUCUGUUGCAGCCUGCCCAGGGAAUCUGAAAAUGGCUUUGUGCCUGCCAGCCUGUCUCCAAUAAAACGCCAGGCGUCUGGGCAGCCAGAGUAGAGAUCUGAAACUUUAGCUCAGCCAUCUUGACUCUGGGCAAGGCUUACCGCCUGCACAAAGAAAGAGGAGGAUCCAGUUUCUUCUGGCUCCAGGCAUCUGUCUCUGGAGAACCUGGUAUAACAACGGUGUGUUAGGGGAAAAAAAAAAAGACUCUCUGUUCUACCAGGAAAUGGCACUUAAAGAGGGCUUGUUAGUAGCACCACCCCACUGCAGUAAUUUGUUCACUGAACUCACAGUUAGUUACUGUAGGCACGUGUGUAUCAUAUCAGAUAUACACAAGCUCACUUGCACUUAGUGUACACACAGAUAAUCUUCCAGGAGUGAGGAACCUUUAGGUAAGAGAGUUGGGAGUGGGAGAGGUGCAACUGCUCCACUUUUUAAAACCCAGUAACAAAUACCCAAGUGUAACACAUUUCACAGCUAUUCCACACAAUUUGUUGUACAUACUUGUCUAAAAAUGUCCACUGAUGUGUACAGUGUAUAUCAUGUUUUUUAAUCUGUUAUGCAUUAUAAACAAUUGUAUCAUUACAGAUAGUGUUACUUCAUGUUGCUAACUUGAUGCCAUGUGUCCUCUGUUCUGUUUAAUCAGUUAUCUAAAUGACUGUCAGAGCAAGAGAAGGGAAUAGACACAGUUGCAUAAUCGGUGUUAAGAAAGGAUCCAGUCUCGCCAAACUGAAAACAAACACUGACAGGGAGAAGUAAAGGCAGUCAGGCAGCAGGCGUUCACUUCCUUUGAAUCAUUCCUGAGUUUAAACCAACUGGUGAGGAGUCUCUUUGCCCGUCACUGUUUCUGCUGAUAUUGUCUUGUCACAGUGUUGACCAUUAAGCAAACGAAUCACGAGGCGUCUGAUGUGUGAGGCAGUGGAUGACUGCAUUAGACUACAACUGUAAGUAGGAACUCACUCAAAUGUAUACAAUAGUACCGUAGCUCAUUUUAGUGAGUAUAUUUUAACGUACACAUUAAACAUGUCUGAUAAAGUG